AUGACUCUCGACACUCACACCCCAGUCUCCCCGGACACUAGGGGUCCUCAGGCUACUCCACCAGACCUCCCUGGUAAAGAAGAGUCCGACUCUUGGGCCGUUCAUUUCGAGCCCGGCAAGAGCAUCAACCCAAAAAACUGGGGCGUUGGCCAUCGGUGGUUUCUGACUGUGGUCGCUGGCGUUCUCGUCUUCAACUCAACUUUGGCCUCAUCCGCCCCUACUGGCAUCGUGGACGGCAUGAUAGACUACUUUGGUUUCUCCCAAGAGGUCUGCACGCUCGGCUGGACGUCGUACCCGAGUAUCCAUUGGAUGAUACCUGUACUUGCUGGGGCGUUCAUCGGAAUCGGUACGCUGGGCAUGUUCGUGAGUCUGUUCAACUACAUUAUCGAUGUGUAUCUCUGGUCGGCUGCUUCGGCUCUGGUGGCUGUCACUAUUGUGAGGUCCCACUUUGGAGCUGCUUUCUCUCUCUUCGCCACGCAGAUGUAUGAAAAGCUGGGAACUCAAUGGGCGUCCACCCUACUCGGCUUCUUGAAUUUGCUCAUGGUACCGAUUCCCGUUGUCCUCAUGCGGUACGGCCAUCUCCUGCGCGCACAGUCCAAGUUUUCACCCAACCGCGCGGGCAUAGUGGAUGAAGGAGGCAAAUGCCGGAGGAGUGGAUGUGAGAUGACAAUUGCGAGAUGA